AUGCGCUUCACCAGCCCCGCGGUGCUGGUGGCCGCCAUCUCCGCCUCAUUCGUCACAUCGAUUCAACUCACAGUCACCGACUCCUCAUCCAUCGAAUCCGCCGCCAAAACAAUCGCUGCAGGUCUCACAUCAUAUUACACGGGCUACAAACCUGGAGACACGCCCGGCUACUUACCCGACCCAUACUAUUGGUGGGAAUGCGGCGCCAUGUUCAAUACGUUAAUCAAUUACUGGUAUUACACCGGAGACACACAAUACAACGAUUGGGUGGUGCAAGGAUUACAACAUCAAAGCAGUCCCACCCAAAAUUUCAUGCCUGAAAACGCCUCAAGAUCAGAGGGAAACGACGACCAAUAUUUCUGGGCUGCAGCCGUCAUGUCCGCCGCCGAACUGGGCUUUGUGGAUCCUCCCGAAGGAGAACCGGGAUGGUUGGCUCUUGCCCAGGGAGUCUUCAAUUCCCAAGCCAAUCGCUAUGAUGCUGCCGACUGUCGAGGCGGCAUGCGCUGGCAGAUUUUCACCUUAAACACCGGUUACAACUACAAGAACACCGCCGCUAAUGGUGGACUUUUCAACCUGGCCGCUCGCCUGGGAGCUUAUACGGGAAACCAGACAUAUUUUGAAUGGGCGGACAAAUUGUGGGAUUGGAUGUACACGGACGUACAUCUGAUUGACAAUCAGAAUUGGAAUGUGUAUGAUGGGACGAGUAUUGAGGAUGGUUGUACGACUUUGGAUCACACCAUGUGGACGUAUACCGCAGGAAUGAUGAUUCAUGGGACGGCGGUCAUGUAUAACAUCACACAGAGUGAUCAGUGGAAGCAGCGAACGCAAGGCCUCUGGACAGCUGCUUCAACAAACUACUUCAACGAGGGCAAAGUCAUGUUUGAUGUUUGCGAAGCCACUGUGAAAUGCAAUACUGAUCAAAAGAGUUUCAAAGCCUACCUGUCCCGCUUCAUGGCCGCAGCCUCCAAACUCGCCCCAUUCCUCUACGACCAAAUGGAACCAUACAUCCAAGCCUCCGCCACAGCCGCAACGCAACAAUGUUCCGGAGGAUCCACGGGCACAGACUGUGGACUUCAAUGGACGCAUAAUACCACCUACGACGGCCUCACGGGUGUAGGACAACAAAUGGCUGCGCUGGAAAUCGUACAAAGUUUAUUGAUCAAAGACGCGAAAGCGCCGGUCAGUGGGAAUACAGGAGGAACGAGUAAAGGAGAUGCGAGUGCUGGUACGGGAGAUAGUAAUGAGAGUGACUUGAGUGAGGCUAGCACGAGACCAAUAACGAUGGCGGAUAAGGCUGGGGCGGGGAUUUUAACGGCGCUUGUUGCGUUUGGGACGCUGGGAGGAGCUUGGUUUAUUGUUCAAUGA